GGGCCCUCAGUAUUUGCAGGACUGCUGCUUGGCCUUGGCGUGCUUCCUCCAGCAGCAUGUGACACUGCGCCAACAUUAGUGAGCGAACGUGGGAGAGCUGGUAAGUUUGGUUGUGUUUGGAUCCUCCUGCUUUUAUCCAGCUGCUAAAACAGCUGAAAAAAGGACAAGAUGGUCCCAUUUCCACAGGCGCUUUUUCUGUUGAUGCUACAGGAGCGAUCCUGCAGGUCAGUGGUGGGAGCGAGAGAUAAACAGGAGAAGCAAGUUGUCCGUCAAGAUGAGAUUUGUGCAGUGGAAACAAGCGGGAUGCAGUGGAAACAAGGCGGGAUGCGGCUUCGCGCAACGCGAUCCAUGGAGGUUUCCCGCCCAGUGAAUGAGGGAGAUGCUCUGAGGCAGCGGCCGCCGCGCGGGGUCACGGGAAAUGGAGUCGCCCCCGCCUACGCCUACGUGCGCGCCCCGAAGGCGCAGAAACACAGUUCCCGGCGUUCCCCGCGGCGCCCCCGCCCGCUCUCUCAACCCCCGCCCUCCCGCGAAAGCCCAUGGGAGCUGCAGUCCGAGCCCAGGGGCGCCGCCUGCUGGCCGUGUGCACCGCGCUCCGGCCCCGCUGCCCGGCUCCCUCCGCGGGAGGCGGCGCCCGCGCUGUUUGCGAACGCGGCGAGUCCCGCUCGGCGCGGGACGAGGAGAGCGCGGGCGGUGCCUCUGCCGGGGAGCGGAGCCGGCGGCCCGGCCCGGGGGCCGGAGCAGGGGGCGACCCCUCCUCCUGCAAGGCCGGGCAGAAGCGCCGCUGCCCGCACCGGGCAUGGCGGCCACGGCGCCGGAAAUGUCCCCGGAAGCCGUCCCUCCGCUCCCGUGAUGCCCCGCGGUGGCGCCCAUUCGAGUCCCGCCGCCCGCCGAGCAGGAGUAGACGGCGGCUCCGCGUCCCGGUCUCGGCGGCUUCACCUCGGCCCUGGAUGGCCGCGGCGGGGCCAAGCGCCGGCGGAGCGAACCGGGGAUGGCGUGUCCUUCGGUGCGGGUGUCAUCCCCGGGAGAGCGGCUGCCGCUUCGCCCGCCACCUCCUCAAGCACGUCCUGUACCAGCGGCAGCAGCUCCCGCUGCCCUACGAGCGGCUCGGCUGCUUCUGCCGCCGGGAUGAAGAUGCGAGUAAGAAGCCACCCUCCCUAGAGCGGGCAAGCAAGAAAUGGCAGCAGCUGCUGACAGACCUAGAGGGACUGUUCCAGCACGUGGAAGUAAUAUUAAGUUUGACACGGGUUUCUUGUGUUCUUUUUCUACUUGGAGGCCAAGUAGAAAAUAGCCCAAGCCCAAGUUGAGCCCAAGCUCAAGUAUAAAGUGCUGACAUGAGGGAGGAUAGUGACCGUGAACUUGUCCUGUGAUGGAGGCAUCGACAUAAGCGCCUCACCUCAUCAGCCUCUGGCUUCUACUCGGGAGGACUAUGUCUGGUUUCAAGCACCGGUGACCCUCAAAGGCUUUUGAGAAUGACCUGUGCUCUGUGGAACUCUAGUGGAAUACUGAAUGAGCUUUGGUGAUGCUUUAAGGGACACUGACUUUAUCAAAUGUAACUGCAUAUUCUUGUCUGUUUGGGUCUCUUCUUCAGGGCAUCUGCUGUCUUCCUACAGCUCAACCCUGUUCCUCUGCCCUCACCUCUGGAAUUGUUGUGGAAA